AAAAAAACCAAAGCCCAUUAACCAAAAAAGAAGCAAUUAAUUAAUACGUCUCUCUAAAAAAUCUCAACUUUCGAACCCUAUUUUCUGUUUCUCGUCUCUGCCGCUGCAACUCCAUCUCAUUGUCUUUCCUAACAAGAAGUUCAAUAAACAAAAAUGGCAGUCACAUUCUAUAACCUUAAAUCUGAAUCUGGUUUGAAGAAGCUCAAUGAGUACCUUCUUACACGCAGUUACAUCACUGGUUACCAAGCUUCAAAGGAUGAUAUCACUGUCUAUUCAGCUUUGCCAUCUGUUCCAUCAGUUGAAUUUGUUAAUGUGGCUAGGUGGUACAAGCACAUUGAUGCUUUGUUGAGAAUUUCCGGUGUUUCUGGUGAGGGAUCUGGUGUCACCGUUGAAUCUUCUCUUGUUGCUGAAGAGGCUGUUGCCACUCCUCCAGCUGCCGACACAAAGGCCACCGAAGCCGAGGAUGAUGAUGAUGACGAUGUUGAUUUGUUUGGUGAAGAGACUGAGGAAGAGAAGAAGGCAGCCGAGGAACGGGCAGCCGCCGUGAAAGCAUCUGGCAAAAAGAAAGAGAGUGGAAAAUCAUCUGUUUUGUUGGAUGUGAAGCCAUGGGAUGAUGAAACCGACAUGAAAAAGCUUGAAGAAGCAGUGAGAUCUGUUAAGUUGGAAGGGUUGUUUUGGGGUGCAUCCAAACUUGUUCCUGUUGGAUACGGUAUCAAGAAACUGCAAAUCAUGCUUACUAUUGUUGAUGAUUUGGUUUCUGUUGACAAUAUGGUUGAGGAUUAUCUUACCGUUGAGCCCAUCAAUGAGUAUGUUCAGAGUUGUGACAUUGUUGCCUUCAAUAAAAUAUAAUGUGCAAUUCAUGUGACAUGGAGAAUCAUAGUAGUGAAAGAAAUGUGAUGAUUUUUGUUUUUUGAAACCUACUUGUCAUUUUGUCUGCGAUUCCAUCAUCAUUAUAUGUAUUGUUAUAAUAAUUCAAGCUUUAAGAAUUCAAGGUGCAACAUGUUUUCCAAAUUUUGAUUCUUGGUUGUGAUUUUGCUGAUA